AUGCCUACAAAAGUGCAUUGUGGUGGACUGUUUUUAGGUGAUACAAUUCAAGAAAAAACUCGAACUUUACUCAAUUGGAGUGAUGAGCAUUAUCCAACAAUUACGGUGAAUACUACACAAAAAUCAAUCAGGAAAUGUGAUCGACGUAUGCUUCAUGUAAAUAAUUUACGCCGUCAUCCGUAUAUGAUUCCUGUUGGACGUUUGCGCUCCUAUAGUAGCAGUUCAAGUUCAACUUGUAGUAGCAGUAGUAGUAGUAGUGAAUAUUCGCAACCAUCGCCAAGUUAUAGCAUCACAUCAUAUGAAUCAUUAAGUCCAGAACCAUUGGUAUCACCUUAUACCGCAACUGAUUGUCAGUCACCUCAUUUGGUACCAUUAGGUCCAACAAUAUCAACACCAACACCAGCAUCGGCACCAUCAUCAUCUUCAACUGCUAUCAGCUAUCGAUCACCGGAACGAGAAGCACAAGUUUUUGAAAGGUUACGACAGUUGGUACCAAUGUUACCAUUUGAUCGAAGUGCUUAUCAGGUACUGAUAGAAACAGUUUCACAGGUGAUGGAUUUAGAGCAGCAACUUGAACAAUUAAAUGAGCAAACAAACAGCGCCAAAAAUAGUCUCUGGAUUGAACAACGAAAUCUCGUUUCGAAUGUUGAAAAUAGUCUUUUUCCGGAUGAUUUGAAGACUGUUGAUGUGACAGCAUUCAAACGCCUUCUUUGUUCCGGUUCACAUCCGGUUAAUACUUCAAAAACAGUACACUUCAAUUUUGUAUCAUAA